AUGGACGCCGCGCCUCCGGUUUUCUUGGCAGUGGAUAGUGGGGGGACAAAGACGCAGGCGUGCAUUGCGAAUGUCAAUGGCGAUAUCAUCGGGACAGGGAUUGCAGGCCCAAGCAACUACGCGGCCCUCGGGCCUGUCGAAUGGACCGCCGUCAUUAUGGAAGCCAUCCGGGGCGCAAAGCGCGAGACAAAAGGACGUUUUGCGCGCGCUUGGAUCGGCUCUGCCGGUGUGACGUGCAACACUGACGAGAAAGAGGCAGCUGCACACAUUGCCAGCACCCUUUGCAUCCCGCUGGAUACCGUACAAGUAACCAAUGAUACGCAACUCUUGUGCACCCAUCUAGCUACCAAAGGAAUUGUUGUCAUUGCAGGUACGGGCAGCGUCGUCCAAGCGUUCCAAAAAGACACCCAUGGAUUAUUUGCACCAAUACUACGUGUAGGGGGGCUUGGCCCUUUGCUGGGCGACGAAGGCGGCGGUUUUGGUGUCGGCCGCGAAGCGCUGCGUGCAGUACUGUACGAAGAGCCCGGCACAGAGCGAUUGCUUGCAGCCAUCCUGGAUUCGUGGCAUCUUGUGUCCAAAGAGGAGCUUCUGGCCGCUUCAUAUGCACAUAUUGGAAAAUUUGGUAUCCGUGCUACACAAUCGCAUAUUGCUGCACUCACGCCGUGCGUAUUUGCUCUGGCUUUUGACAAAAAAGACGACACUGCGCUGGCCGCGGUAAAAGUCCAAGCUACAGAACUGGCGCGGCAAAUUGCGCGUGCAGUGCUAGCUAUACUGCUCUGCUCUUCGACCUCCUCGCGCAGCGAGGCAUCCAAUUUGCGCAUGUAG